AUGUUAAACGAUCGACUGACUCCGCUAGAACAACUUAGAACUUGUCUCAAUGAAAGGGCCAGCACCCGAGAUGAGAAUAUCAAACAGCUGAGCCAGGUAAUCCAGGAGGUAGCAGUUAUAUCUCCGAGACUACAACAAUUAGAACUGAAAUGUUCCAGACCCAGAUGUGGGUUUUCUGCUUUGACGUGGACAAAUAAUGUUGCUGAAGGAGAAACCAUAAGUCCAUACAAGGACCUGUACUCCAAUGUUGGUGGGAACUUUGAUGCAAAGAGCGGGAUAUUCACAGCUCCAGUUGAUGGACUCUAUGUGACAGCUAUUUCAUUACGUCUCUCUGAGAACGAGGAGCUGACAGUUUAUGUGAAACACAAUAAGAAAGGUCUAGAUCAAAGUUCAGCUACUGACGUGUGUCGGUGUUCAGCUACAGUAGAAGACACACAUGCUUGUGACGUCAGCGUUCUUGACAUGAAAGCUGGUGACACGUUGGUUUUAUUUUUGGAGACAGACAACACUGAUUAUGAGAACUGUGUUUCCUUUUCUUGUUUUUUAUUAUCGUGA